AAGCCCAAGACCUAGAAAUUACGAGAGACAUCAUUUCUCUGUUUCUAGAUUGCUCCCUGUAACGCUAUAAAUACAAACCUCCUCCAUUAUUGCUUGCAUCAGAACAAUCAAAACAAGUUUAUACAACAAUCACUAAUCAGUAAUCCCUCGUUCUUAUUUUAUACAGAAAAAUGGCAAUGAUUCCGAGUAUUUUCGGCAACUCACGAAGCAGCAUCUUCGAUCCUUUCUCCGCUUUCGACGUUUCAGAUCCUUUCAAAGGCUUCCCAUGUUCUUCACUAAUCUCCGGUGAAAAUUCUGCCUUCGUCAACGCCCGCGUCGACUGGAAGGAAACACCCGAAGCUCAUAUUUUCAAAGCUGAACUUCCAGGGCUCAAAAAGGAGGAAGUGAAAGUGGAGGUUGAAGAUGACAGAGUUCUUCAAAUCAGCGGAGAGAGGAGCGUUGAGAAGGAAGACAAGAAUGAUAAGUGGCACCGUGUGGAGCGCAGCAGCGGGAAGUUCAUGAGGAGGUUUAGGCUGCCGGAGAAUGCCAAGAUGGAUCAGGUUAAGGCUUCAAUGGAGAAUGGAAUUCUUACUGUGAGUGUUCCUAAGGAGGAGGUCAAGAAACCUGAUGUGAAAUCUAUUGAGAUUUCUGGUUAAGAUGUUUCUUGUAAAAAUCAAAUAACAAAUAAUAGCGUGUGUGAUGUAAAAAGUAAAAAAUAACAAGUAAAGUUUGUUUUGUUUUAAGUUUUGAAUGAGAAAAUGUUGAUGUUUGUUUGCUAA